AUGCUGGCCAACGUGGCCCGGAGAGGAUUGUUCAAGUCCGUUCGCUCACCGAUAGCGUCAUGCUCUUAUUCUACAAGCAGUUCCAUUGUUCAUGAGGUAGCUCUAUCAUAUCUGCCUUCUACCGUAACACAUGCAGACAUUCGUAAUAUCUGUUUCAAAGGAGAGAUGGGAAAGCUGAAAGGUGAAGAAGAAGGAGCUCCAAAAAGACCGAUGACUAUGAUAGAUAACAAUGGAGUAGAACGUUCGUCCAAAAGAAGACCGGAAGAAUUUGAUAGGUUGAGCGUUUCAAGCGAUAUUGUCGAUAUCAGACUACAAAGAAGUUCUUAUUUGAACCACACUGGAAAGGCCAUCGUUUCGUUUCGAACGGCAGAAAGUGCGGCCGAAUAUCAUCGUUUAGCCAGCUAUAGUAUGGUAGGAGGAUCAACGAUUCGAGCAAUCUUGAACGAAGAUGCAAAAGGAGAACCAACAAACCUUCCUCCUUCGAUCAAAAUGUUACGUCAAGCUCAAAAAGAAUCGUCAGGUCGUGUUGUACUUUUGAAAGGGUUACCUCAUCAUGUUGAUGAAGAAAGACUAACACGUAUCUUGAGGGCAACAUAUUCACUCGCGGGUGAUUAUGCAGAUACGGCAAAAGUUCGAAAUAUUGAAAUUCGAUCAAAUCAACACAACGAAUUGCCUUCAGUGAUGAGAAUCAAAAAUUUGACUCCAACUGAAAAAGGUGGCAUAGAGCACAAUGGGAUCAUUCGAGUGGAUUAG